GUCGUGAAGAUGUUCAUCCUAGUGAUAGUGAUAUUCGGCAUCUGCUGGCUUCCAUACCAUACAUACUUCAUCUACACGCACUUCAACCCAUCGAUCCUCUACAUGAAGUAUGUACAGCACGUCUACCUGGGCUUUUACUGGCUCGCCAUGGCCAACGCUAUGGUCAACCCCAUUAUAUACUACUGGAUGAAUGCCAAAUUCCGAACAUACUUCAGGACAGCGAUCCUGUGCCGUUGGCGCGACGUUUGUUGGCGCAGGAAGAGACCGCUCCCGGAGUCGCCUCCCGACUGCGUGUCCCAAUCCGGCAGUCGAUCCCGAUCAGUAUACGUCUCUACAGGUAUCGAGGAACUCAGAGAUUCAAGAGGAAAUGCAGCGGGCGAAUGGCCGCGCUCGUUGUAUCGGACUCACACCGACCACCACCAGUUGCUGAGACCGCCUUCGCUUGCUAGCUGCCCUAAGUGCCCGCACAGGACCUACUACGAUG